UAUGGAUUAAAAAUAUUAAAAAGCAUUACAACUUGAAGGUUAUUUGGAAAAAUAAAGUCCUGCUCUUCUAAAGGGAUUUCAAAAAAGACAUUUUGCAGUCAGAGAUAAUGGUAAAUAUUUAGUUUAUUCAAAAAAAAAAAAAUUGAGCAAAGAUGUUAAACCGAAAGGUACAUUUUUUAAGAAGUUUAUUAAGGUGUCAUCCCUAUUGAUUAAAUUACGUCGAUUGGCAUUAUCAAGGGUACUGAAAGGGAUUUUGCACUUCAAAUAAAAGACAGGCAAAUGUUGCUGAGAGCAGAUUCAAGCAGCACAAGAGAGUUAUGGACAUCAACUCUUGCAUAUCUUUAAGAAAAACUAUUGGUGUAGCAAGCCCAGGAAUCUAAAUCUAAUUCGCAUCAGAGUUUCCACUCUAAAGGAUCUGAAAGCAUUAAAUUGGCUCACAAGGCAACUUGGAAGGAAUUAGAUUCUGAAACUAAAGCCUCUAUUAUGAUGGACCAGGAAAAGUAAGAAGUUCAGGAUAAGUUUUAAGAAAAUGAGGUUAAAAAUGAAGAAGUUAUGAAAGCAAAGGGGUUAUAUGCAUAUCUGGAUAAGUUUGACUCAAAAAAAUUUGCUUAGUUUGUAAAAUGCGGAUUUUUGUAUAAAAAGGGAAAAAUUGCAUCACUCACUAAAGCUAAGAGGAGAUGGUUCAUUAUCAUCUCCUCUGUCUCUCUUCUAGGAGAUGAUGCUAAUAUCUAAGGGCCUGUUUAAUCAGAUAUCCCAUAUCCCUUUAAAUUAGAUCAUCUAUACUAUUUUGCUUAUGAGUUUAGAAAUGAUCAAAGCAGUUCUAAAGGAGAAUUAAAGGCUAAUCAAAUUGAAGAUUUUGAGUUGUUGAAUGUUGACAGGAACUUAGCCUUUUUGAAGUAAUUAACACAUAGCGUGAGUUAUGGUUUUAAAUUUAAACAUAAGGAACGUCAAUAUCAUUUUUUUUCAGAUUCAAUAACAGAAAUUUAGUCUUGGGUUACCACUAUUAGAACAAUAAAGGAUUAUAAAGCUACACUCCCGGUUGAGUAGAUUGAAAAUGAGGAAUAAGACUUAGGAAUUAAAUUAGAGGAUGUUUUAUUACAAGAAUAAAUGUAAGUGAAAAUUAGCAGAAGAAUUCGAAAGGAUAAAUGGUUUAAAAGAAUGGUUUAUUUGAAGAAAGAUUCAUUAAUUUGGGCAAAAUAGGAAUCAGGUGACUCUGAAAAUUAUAUAUUGAUCAUAUCUAUAAAAAAUGUUAUAGGAUAGGACAAUGAUUUCCAUGUAAAACAAUAAUAAUAUAUUAGGUAUACACUAAAGAUGAAAAAACAUUCAAAUUUAGAACAAAUUCACAAGAAAUAAGAGAUGAAUGGAUUAAGAAGAUUGAGUUUUUACAAUUGAAUUUAAAGGGGGAAUUUAAGGAUUUGGAGAAAGUGACUGAAUUGCCACCAGAAAAUGUUCAUAAAUCUUAAUCUAUUGAAUAGAAGAAGAGCCAUUCUAUUGAAAAAUAAAAAGUUUAGCCUGAAGAAAUUGAAGAAAAAACUAAUAAUAGUUAAGAUAUUGCUAGUUUUUAUGACAACUUUUUCCAAUAGAAGAAAGAGUAAGAUUAAUAAAAUAAAGUAAAUAAAAAGUCUCAAUCUAGUGGAAAAUCAAUAUUUCAUCAGAUUUUCUGUUGUUACUCUCAAGACUAUGAAACUGAUAGAGGGUUUUGA